AUGGACUUGGACGACCUUGAUGGCUCUCACCUGCCCCCUUGGGUCCCACGACUGGCAUUGACAGUGCGAGAAAUCACAUCUGUCCUCGCAGUCUUUGUACUCGCGACUGAACAUGAGCUAUCGGAUUUCUCCUUUGAUGAAGAUGACGAGUACGACGAGCGGCUCAUCGCGGAUGCUCUAUCGAAAGGCCUAUCCAUCAAUGUCAACGGCGCUCCAUGGCAGCGAGUCAUCAUGCGGGUGGACGAGCAUGCCGACGAAGCUAUCAUCAUAAUCUAUGGUCUAAUGCCCGGAAGGCAGUACGACAUAGAGUUGGCGCUCAUUCAGGGAGAUGAUAACAUCAGGGAACAGAUCACCACCGAAGCUCAUACUCCGCAUGUGGAAAACGAAUUGCGCGAAGCGGACGUGCAUACUGUCGACUACAUUCUACCCGCCCAUGACCUCCCGUCACCAGGCAGUUCAUCACCCCUUCCUGCACCCCCCGUGACUGUCGAAGAACGUACUUCCCAGCUCCAACAGACGCUUACGGCCCUCGUCAACGAGCGUGAUACGCUGACCGGCAACCUAAAAUCUGCUCGUCGGGAUGCGCAAAAGGCAGACGCGGCCCUCCGCGCCGAGAUCGAGGCGCUCAAGCGAGCGUCCGAAAAGCAGGCGGCUGCAGAACAUCGUGCUCGCCAGAAGAUCCUUGCUUUACAGGAAGCCGUGAAGCAGGCUACUUCUGCCACUCGUGAAACGGACGAUCUCGUCAAAGACCUGGAGAAGCAAUUACCGGAUCUGCGAGCGCAAAAGGAGGAGAAGGAGAAGGAGUAUCAAGAGAUGAAGCAGACGGCGGACAAGGCACGACAGGAACGGGACAAGUCAGAGAAGUGCCGACGCAAGAAAGCAGAUGGGAUGAAGAACGAGCUGACGACGCUCGGCAACAAGCUCGACAAAUUGCACGGUAAGAGGGAGAAGCUGGAGAACGAGGUCAUCAGCAAUCUAGAGGAACAGCUGAAGAAGUUGGAGAUGGAGGUAGAGCGUACGGAAGCCGAGGACUACAGCUACGCUGUUCCGGGCGGAGACAUAGAUCAUGACCCUCCGACAGACCCUUUGGAGUCGCCUAAGGGCUAUCAUGGCGCCCCUGUCGGCGGUCAUGCCUCAUUUUCUCGUCGACACGGACGGUAUUCAAGCCAUGGGCAUGCCUCGGCCGCCUCCUACUUUCCUCGGACUUCCGGCGCAGCUCAUCGCCCGGGGCCUAUUCAACGUCCAACGACCUCCGCUGUCACUGCGAGCGGAUCCUCAUCUUCCACACAUUCACGCCUUCCAGGUUCAAAGCAUGCCGUCGCUGGCGGAGGUACCUUUGUCUCGCGUGCGCAGCAGAGUCAUGUCGCCCCGGAACCUAGGGGACGUGGCGCGCCUGAGCAAUCACACGGCGGUUCGCCGGGUAUUGCGUUAUCAGCUUCCAUCUCUCGGCCAGGAGCUUCCUCUGCAACAUCACUCCCCUCUAGUUCGGGUUUCCCCACGUCGCCUUCGUCGACGCUGUCCAGUCGUGCGGCUCCCUUCGAACCAUCGGGGCGGGGGCAUGCGAACAGUUCAGGGUCUGGAAUGAGAACCGGGGCGAGCACGAGCUCGAUCCCCAACUCGGCAUCAGAUCUGAACCCUGCCAGUGUCCCCUUCGAGCCGAAAACUAUCCUUUCGAACCCGAACAGACACCCACCAGGCACUGCGGGAGCAAGGAAGGAGCGAAUUUCGAAUCAAGCUGCUUCGGCACCAUCACCCAGAGCAGCGGCGGAGGAGUCUGCUACCUGACUGUCCAUGUCCCUCGAAGGGCACGCCCAUCUAGCCCGUCGCCGCAUGCUGUCCGAACGCGCUCCCAGAGUCAGCUCGAAUAUAUAGUGCAUGCUAUAUUAUACUCUGCACGUAUAAUGUAAACCAAUUGACCGCAAAUCCG